GUGUUCAGUUUCAUUGAAUCAGUUGGUUCGGUUGGUUAUCAAAAGUUCAGUGAAUAUUGAACCGGACCUUCUUCCGAGUAGUCAUGGAAAUUGGCUUGGUGCGAUUGAAUUGUUCAUCACUCUGUCGGGAGGAUGAUGUCAUGCCAGUAAAAAAAAUUGUCACACGCUAUCAAAGAAUGAACAAAAAAGACAUGUCAUAUUAAUUUGGAUAACAUUCGAGCGAGGAGAAUAGUGAAAUAUAAUCAUACAAAAGUUGGUGUGCCAAAAUCUCAGACGCAAUAUUUAAAAUGUUCAAACCGCUGGUAACUUUGCUCACCGGAAGCAAACCAAAAAUUUCGGAACCUUUUUUGGAAGUUUAUGCUACCACCUCCGCCCUGAACGAGGAAACGAGUCCCGUCCUCCACAUCAAUUUCACUUCACUAAAUGCCACCGAGAAAUUACUUGCACUCGCAAAAUCUUAUAGCAAAGAGGAUCCAUUCACAGUCACGUUUGUUACGCAUGGCUAUAUGUCCCACAUUAAGAAGGAAGGUGAAUACUUCUACGAUAUUAAGGAUGCGAUCUUGCGUCGUGGACGAGAUAAAUCCAAUCUCGUGAUUUUAGUCGACUGGAGCAGUUAUUCUGGAAAUACGGUGUUUGACUAUGGUUUCGCAAUUCACAAUGUCCUCAAGGUUUCUGGUUGGGUGGGUGAGUUUGUGAAAGUGCUGCGAACUGAAUUUGGAGAUAAGGUGUACAUUCACGGCAUCGGAUUUAGUCUGGGGGCACAUCUAAUGGGUAAUGCGGCGGAGGGAUUGUUGGAGGCGGAAAGUGAUGGGAGAAAGUGGUUCGAUCGGAUAACUGGACUCGACCCUGCAGGACCGGGCGUAGUGUUUAAGGAAGGCAUUUUCUCAUUGAUGCAUCAUCAGACGGGACGUUUGAGAAGUGAACAUGCUGAUUUCGUUGAUGUAAUUCACACUUCAGACCAUUUAGGAACCACAACGCGUCUAGGGCACGUCGACUUUUACAUAAAUUGGGGUUCCACACAAAAAGGUUUUCCGAAUAUUGGUUACCUGAACGUUCCGAGUCAUAUUUUCUGCUUGAAACUCUUUCUGCACACGAUAUUGGACGAAGAAAGUAAGGAUAAGUAUGCCUCAUCAUCUCACAUCCGCGACUUGGAGACCAAGCAGAUUGACGAUAUUCCCGACAAGACAGCUACGAUGGGGUACUUUUGUCAAAAGGAGGCAAGGGGAAUGUAUUACUUGGAGGUUGAUGGGAAAAAAUUGUAAAAUUCUGGAAAAAUGUAUGUAUUUGAGUGAAUUUCUGGUCAUUAUUGGUUGUGAUAGACACGCACGAGAUUUGCUUUAUUUAAAUCAGAUUAGUUCAAUAUAAUUUAUCAACUAUAUCGCAUGCCAUAUUUUAAAAUGAAUUGAUAAAACUUUGUAUGUACUCGUCUGAUCUUUUUAAAUAGUGGUAAAUUAGUAUGAAAGUCAGAAUACUGUAUGAAUCAGUCACCACGAAACAUAGUCACAGAUCGCAUUGUUGAGUUUGCAAGUCACGUAAUCUGCAAAUCUGCAUUAUACAUAUGUAUGCAAUGUACUUCUGCAAUAAACUUAAUUUCGAGGGGCAGUAUGAGAAAGAUUAAAAAAUAUGCAAGCAAUUGACCAUGUAUUAUGUUUGCUUGUUGUUUUGCUUAUAUAAAAUAACUUAAGCACUCUGCUAAGCACUCCUAAGUACAAAAAAUCUUUUAAUUAACUGUAAAUAUUGAUUAAGUUGAAAUAACUUGUGACUUGGUAAACGAUGGAAAGAAUUAUACAGGAGAAUAAUUUAAACCUCUUGAUCCCCUCGUUGGAUGGAGUUUGAUCUUGAUUGUGGAUAUUUUAAAGGUUAUGCAAAUUAAUAAAAAUAAACGAACCGUAAUUUACAGGGAAAUGA